CGUGUUUGACCCCUGAAUAACUAUAUAUAUACACGCACGUAUGUUCAUAUAUUUUGUGCAUUUUUUUCACCGCGUUUACGCGCACAAACAAAAUUCGCUACUGCGUUUCUCGCAAACGAAUUUGGCCUAGUAGCAUUUGAUUCCACGUUUUGUUCAGCGAUUUUGCCUUUGGGCAUGUUUUUCAGUUCGAUUUGGCUUGAUUUGAUUUGAUUUGAUUUGAUUCGAUUUGAUUGCGUGAACUAUGAGAAGAGGAGCGAAUGGACCCGAUGUGAUGGAGACGAUUAACGCCGCCGCCUCGGCGAUCGCAUCCGGGGAGACGCGCGGCGAUCAUGCUUCUAGUCAGCUCAAUUUUUUUGUCACGACAAUUGUUUUCCUUUUCUCCCCUCUUCCCCGUUUAGAGAUUUCUCACAGAUAGGAGAUCUGGUGGUGGCACCAUUUGAUUCUGUAAUUUUUAUGUAUUAUCUUCAGUUUUGAUCGGUAAGGCUUUGGAUGCCCUAUGAUUUUUGUUUGUGCAAGCGUUAUAGAAAUAUACCUCUUCAAGUUGAUCUUUCCCCCCCCCUGGAUUUACUUCGAUUUGAUUUCAUGAACUUUUGGAGCUUUUUAGAAUUUCGGAAAAUUUAGCAUUAUUUUAAUGCUUAAAAGCGAUUUUUGGAGGUCAUAAAAGUGGAUCCGUCAAGGAUAGAGAGAGUUGUUGAAUGUACAAACAAUCACAUAAAAAGAAAAAAGUUUUAGUUAAUCAUGACUUUUAAACUGCCUGUUAUGAUGUAAUUUUUCGGUUACAUAUUAUGAUGCAGCUUUGUUAAUCCAUCAUGUUCCUUUUCGUAGUCUUUAACGAUAUAUGGCAACGACUUUUGGAAGAUUUUGUGGGAGCAAUGAUUAACUAUAGUUGGGAGGUUGGAAGCAUGAUGGUCUUGCACAAGAUGGUGCUAGAAUAUAAGUUCACCCCAAAAUUUUUCAUCUAUGACGAAAUAUGUCAUCUUUUACACGUAACUCAACGAUAAACACACCUAGUAAGUUGACAGUCUUCAAGUAUCGGCUUGUCCUGUUCCCUUGUUUUCUGGCCUUCAACACACACCACGUCUAAAAUUCUGACACAGUGACUGCAAUUGUUUUCUUUCAGUCGUAAUGUAUGUGUAGUGGAAAUCAAAACAUAAUGAUAUGCUAGCAAUGCAUUCAAUUCACUAGGUCGGGCUUCAGCUAUGUUAGGAAUUUUGACAGGUGGCUCACUUUUUUGGUUUUCAUUGUUCUUUAAAAAUAGAAGAUGGUGAGUAUUUAAACAGCUUAGAUUAUUAAUCAAUCUUCUGUACUUUAAUGUCAUGAACACUCCAAGGAGUGAUGGCUGAGUUAUAAGCAUUGGUUCUAAUAAAUUACCUUCCAAAAAAUUAUCAUUUAGACCUGCCAACAAUUGCAAAUGUUAUCUUACAUAGUGUCUUAGUAUAAUGUAUGUGUGUUUUGCCUGAAGUUCUGCUCUUUAUAUGCUGUCUGCUGAGAUGCAUAUUCACAUUGUAGAGCAGCAUCAUACGGAGUAUGAUUCUGUAGAUAAUAGUAUUGCUUAAUACGAUGGCUGGAAACUAUAUUGCUAUAGAAUGCUUUAGGUAAAUCCUUUCGGAUAUUGUGUUUUGAACACUUCACGUAAUAAAAUGCUCUGUUCGGAAGAGGACCAAAGAUACAAAUCUCUGUUUAUAGACUCAAUAGUUGCAUUGAUAUCUGUUUACCCCCUUUUGUUCAAGGGCUCCGAAGAAGAUCUAUAAUUAUGUGGAGCUGGAAAUAGAGUUUUACGUACUUGUGAAACUAACAGAUCCAACUUGAAAUCUGACAAUAACAUGAAAUUGUGGUACUAAUGAUUUUAGUAUGAUAGCUUAAAAAAUCUCAGGUGUACAACAUAAUAUGAGGAGACAAUCCUGAUCUCUGGAAAAUACAUCCUGAUGUCUUAUAAACUUGCAUCUUGUUCUCCUAUUUUGAUUUUGACAAGAGUAAUUUGGUCAAGAACUUACGAGCAAUUUGACCAAGAAUUUCAAGUACAUGUCUAGGAAACUAGUGUACAUGUGGCAUUUUUUCUGCUUGUAACUCCCAGACCUUAGUUUAGUGUACAUCUUGCUCAGGUAUUUUCUUUCCGUGAGGAACUUGGGAGCAGUUUGUUUAAGGUUUUUAUCAGCUAUAUUUGCAAAAUAAGUUUCAUUUUUAACCAUCAGGUUGUCAAAUAGUGAUUUGAUGUUUGAACCUGAAGCUCUCCUUUAACCAUUGAUUUGACUCCCCAAUAAAAAAGAAAGGAUUCAGUAGAUCUUUCUAGUGAGUAGUGACUAAACUUCAAAUGUAUUUUCUUAAUUCCAAACUUUUUGUUCCUCUACAUGUUUCCCAGACUUAUGAUAGUGAAAUAUUGCUAAUGGUUGUGCAGAAAAGAAGGUGGGGAAGCUUCUGGAGCCUUUACUGGUGUUUUGGGCCAUCCAAAAAUAAGCGUAUCGGGCAUGCCAUUCUUGUUCCUGAAGGUAGUGCCUCAGGGGCUGAUUCCACCAGAGCUGAACAUUCAUCCCAACCACCUUCAGUAGUAUUUCCUUUUGUCGCGCCUCCUUCCUCCCCUGCGUCCUUCCUUCCUUCCGAAACUCCUUCUGCCACUCAGUCACCAGGUGGCAUAUUAUCAAUGACAUCUGUAUCUGCAAACAUGUAUUCACCCGGAGGUCCUGCCUCUAUGUUUGCUAUCGGUCCUUAUGCUCACGAGACCCAGUUAGUUUCUCCUCCAGUCUUCUCUACAUUCACCACUGAGCCAUCUACUGCCCCGUACACGCCUCCCCCUGAGUCGGUCCACAUGACCACACCAUCCUCUCCUGAGGUGCCAUUUGCACGACUUCUUGAACCCAACCUCCAGAACGGUCAGAGAUACCCUUUUUCACAGUAUGAAUUUCAGUCCUAUCAGCUUCAGCCUGGUAGUCCAGUCAGCCAUCUGAUCUCACCUAGCUCGGGCAUCUCCGGUUCAGGCACAUCGUCACCUUUCCCCGACCGUGAAUUUGCAGCUGCAGGGCACCCCUUUUUCCUCGAGUUCAGAACUGGUAACCCUCCUAAACUUCUGGAACUCAACAAGAUUGUGAUUCGGGAAUGGGAGUCACGUCAAGCAUCUGGUGCGGUAACUCCAGAUGCCGCGGGGCCAAGAUCGCAUGACAAUUGCCUACUCAACCGUCAAGAUUCAGAUGUCUCGCGAGUUUCAGAUACCGGGGACAGAUUGCAAAACGAGGAGAGUGCAGUGAGUCAUAGAGUUUCAUUCGAGAUAACAGAUGAGGAAGUGAUAAGAUGCGUGGAAAAGAAGCCUGUGGCACUGCAGUCGAACAUGAGCUCACAACAUGUGACUGGGUGGUUAGAGAAGGCAAAUGCGGGAGAAAGCUUGAGCAGGAGACGGGCAGCAGAGGAGGGGGAGAUGGAAGGAGGGCAUCAGAAGAAGCGGACAAUCACUCUGGGAUCGAGCAAGGAGUUCAACUUCGAGAACGUGGAUGAAGCGAGCAUGGGGUCCUCGGAGUGGUUCGUGGGGGAGGAGGGAGGAGGUCAUAACGAGAAGUGGUCGUUCUUCCCGAUGAUGCAAACGGGGGUGAGCUAGGUAGCAGCAACGACAUUGAAAUCAAUGGUACGUUAGGACUGACUCAAUCAAUAUAUACUAGACUGGUUUUUCUGACCACCAAAAUAUAGCAAUAGCAGAUAAGAGAUCGUAGAGAGGGGUUUAUUCAUAGAGACAGAACUGCCCAUGUCUCGUUUAGCUCCCCUUACAUUUUCUUGUAUAUGUAAUAUAAAUAAUAGAUAAUAUAUAGCUGUUGCAUUUUUUCUUUGAACAAUUAUGUAGCUGCUGCUAUUCGACAUAAAUAUGAAUAGCUCUAUGUCUUUGUUUUAAUUAGGUUUGGUGUAACUAGUCGUAGUAAGGGUAAGUGAGUAGGUGCAGCUGCUCUUUUGACUAAUAUUUUUCUACUACUAA